CUCGUCCUGGGGGUUCACUUGGCACCAACAAAAAUUGUUUUCGUACUAGGAACAGAGAAAAACCGAGCAAUCCUCGUACGUACGACGUCGUAGCUAAGCAGCAAAGAAUGGCCGGAAUCGUGGCGGUUUUCGACUUCGACAAGACGAUCAUCGACUGUGACAGCGACAAUUGGGUGGUGGACGAGCUGGGCGCCACCGACUUGUUCAAUGAGCUUCUCCCUACCAUGCCGUGGAACUCUCUCAUGGAUAGGAUGAUGAAGGAGCUCCAUGCGCAGGGGAAAACCAUGGAGGAUGUUGUAGAUGUUCUCAAACGGAUACCAAUACAUCCCAAAGUCAUCCCCGCCAUUAAAGCAGCCCAUGCUUUAGGGUGUGAUUUGAGGGUUGUAAGCGAUGCAAAUCUGUUUUUCAUUGAGACGAUCUUGAAGCAUCUUGGGUUAAGCGAUUAUUUCUCGGAGAUUAAUACGAAUCCGAGUUUUGUGGACGAUGAAGGGAGGCUCAGGAUCUUCCCCCACCAUGAUUUCCACAAAUCUCCUCAUGGCUGCACCCUCUGCCCUCCAAACAUGUGCAAGGGCCUAGUAAUUGAAAGAAUACAAGCCUCUGUAGCAGAGGAGGGGAAGAAGAAGUUCAUCUACCUUGGAGAUGGCAGUGGAGACUAUUGCCCAAGCUUGAAGCUCGGGGAUGAAGACUAUGUGAUGCCAAGGAAGAAUUUCCCGUUGUGGGAUCUAAUGUGCAAAACCCCUUUGCUUAUUAAGGCGGAAAUCCACGAGUGGGUUGACGGGGAAGAGCUUGAGCGGAUUUUGCUAGGCCUUAUCAACAAAAUCUCCAUUGAAGAAAACGCUCAAUUUAUUUCAGCCGACUGCAAAUUGCAGACCAUCUCUGUUUCUGCUCGUGAAGCCCUUCCUCAUGCUCUCCCUGUUCAGCAAUAGUAGCUUCAACCUUGGCAAACGCCAUGACUAGCCAACUUCACAGGGUUUUUGAUUCUGUUUUGGUUUAAAACAAGCUUGUAUUUUUAUCAAGAAUGGAUGACUAUCAACUAUAUAAAUAUAUAAUUAUAUAUUUUGCUCAGAUUGC